AUGGCAACUUUUGGAACAGCUGAUGGGAAGGUCCAAUUCUGGAACGUAUCAAAAAGGAAUAAAGUUGUUGAGGUUAUUGCACAUGAAAGCGAAGUUCGAGGAAUCUGCCACUCCAACAGGUCUCGGCUGAUUUACACUUGUAGUCUAGAUGGUCAACUCAAACAAUGGCGGAUGAAUUAUGAUGAUAUUGUAUCAUGUUGGAAACAACCACUGAGUAGUGUUUUGAUGAAAUGGACUCCUCAUUGUAUGGAUCAUCAUCCUUCAUCAAAUGAGUUUCUUAUUGGUGGUCCAGAGUCAUGUCUGCUAUACUCUUCAGUUAGGCUUGAUGUACCGUUGCGUGAAUGGAGUUGGGGUCAAGAGCCGGUUCAUAAUGCCAAGUUCAAUCCAGUCGAACAUAAUAUUGCAUGUGCUUUAACCAAAGAUAAUUCAUUAAUGCUAAUCGACUGUAGACAGGAUCAACCUGUUCGCAAGGUCAAAAUGGAUUUGAAAUUAAAUGCAUUUUCAUGGAAUCCGAUGGAACCAUUCAUAUUCACUGCUGCAUCCGAAGACUAUAAUGUUUAUACAUUCGACAAUCGUUUCUUCAAAUUCCCUCGCAGAGUUCACCGUGGUCACGUAAAUGCUGUACUUGAUGUAGACUAUUCACCAACUGGAAGAGAAUUUGUAACUGGAAGCUACGACUCAACAAUUCGACUUUGGAAGUGUGAUUCUACAGAAUCAUUUGAUGUUUAUCACACUAGACGCAUGAAGCGUGUGCUUGUUGUCAAGGUGACACUAGAUGCGAAGUUUGUUCUGUCAUCAUCAUCAGAUCAAAACGUCCGACUAUGGAAAGCUCACGCUAACGAAAUUAUUGGACCGAUUCAGCCAAGACAAAAAGCAUCCCUACAGACAUGUGAAUCUUUACGAGAGAAAUUCAAAGACCAUCCAGAAGUCCGGAAAAUUCUAAAACAUCGUCAUCUGCCAAAAACGAUUCACGCCUCCAGUAAAGAACAUGCAAUAAUCAGAGCGAAAGAAAGGCGCAAGGAAAGAAAUACUCGUAUAUUUAAUAAAAAUGAUCUUCCAUUUAUUCCUGAUAAAGAGAAACACGUCGUUGCACAAUAUAAAUAG